GACCGAUUGAAAGCUCUGGAAGUUGUCUGUCGUCGUCGUCGUUGAAUUGCUCGCGAAGGUUUAUUUUCCCUUCCAAUUCUACCAUCUCUGACGUUGUCACCUCUUGUUUUCACUCAGGUACUACGCAUCCUUUGUCUGGUCACGAGAUCUCGCCGUUCCCCCGCUUACUUAGUCUUUGACGCUGAGAUCAUCCCCGAGUGCCUCCACCUCUGCCAAACUAAGGUACUUUCGAUACUCCGCACCUCCUACGACACCAUCACCGGCACUAUCCUCCGUUGGCCUCUGCCGUCACCGCACAAUUCCAGGCUGCCAAUCCUCUGCGAGGUUGGCCCAGUAUGUCUUUAACUCGACUUGCCUCUGUCGAUGGCUUCGAAAGGGAACGGAGAGGUUCCAAUGUCACUGCCCCCAGAAAGAUGAGUUUCAAUCCCAUCAGUGACUGGUCUCCGCCUCACGACCGCCGUCCAAGUGUCGUCGAGGUUGCCCUCCAGUUUGAAGAGGUUUCCAAGACCAAGCGCAUAGCCCAGGUUUGCAUUGCCAUCGUCUACUGCCUCUUCGCAGCCGGCAUCGUCUUUGGCUAUGCUGCCAUCAAGCCAGUCCUCAUCGAUGAGGGCGUCUUCGACAACCUUUGCACCCCAGACGAGAAGGAGAAGCAGGUCUCGCCAUGUUUCCAACAAGAAAUCCAUCUCAAUCUCAUGUUCACCAUCGCAGCUGUCUCGACCAACGUCGCAGCCUUGCCCAUUGGCACCAUCCUCGAUAAAUAUGGACCCCGAGCCUGUGGCAUCAUUGGUAGCUUCUUGCUCCUGACCGGCGCUCUCCUCUUUUCCUCGGCCUCUCGUGUAGAGGCUGAUCUGUACACCCCGGGCUAUUUCUUCCUCGCUUUGGGAGGCCCCUUCGUCUUCAUUUCUUCUUUUCAAUUGUCCAACACCUUUCCAAAAAACUCAGGUCUCAUCUUGGCUGUGUUGACUGGUGCUUUCGACUCUUCAUCGGCCCUGUUCCUCUUCUUCCGCAUAUUGUAUGAGAAGUCCAACAAGACCAUCAAGACUCAACACAUGUUCCUGGCCUAUCUGGUGGUCCCCGUCUUCAUAUUCAUUGUCCAGGUCUUUGUCAUGCCCAAAGAUUCCUACAAGACCGUCAGCGAAGUGGUGCACGAGGCCGAAGAAGCCAUCAAUGCACCCACCCCUCCAGACCUCACAGAAGCCGAGAUUCUUUCCAUCCGCGAGGAACGCAGAAUGACCGUGACCGAAGUAACCCAGUUACUCGACAAGUCCACCAAUGCCAAACGUCAAAAGGUCCAAGAGAGCAAGAACGCCAUCUCUGGCGUCUGGGGUGCCAUGCAUGGUCAUACCGCUUUUGAACAGAUCAAGUCACCUUGGUUUAUCCUCAUUACCAUGUUCACCGUCGUCCAAAUGACUCGUAUCAACUAUUUCGUCGCAACCAUCCGGCCACAGGAACAAUACCUCCUCGGCUCGCCGGAAAAGGCAAAGGCCGUCAAUGACUUCUUCGACGUGGCACUCCCACUGGGCGGUGUUCUGAGCAUCCCCUUUAUCGGAAUUCUCCUUGACAACACAUCUACCCCGUUUGCUCUGGGCUUCCUGGUGGUGGCGGCCACCAUCAUCGGUAUCCUUGGCUGCCUGCCUUUCAUGUGGGGCGCCAUUGCCAAUGUCUGCCUCUUUGUUGUCUACCGGCCUUUCUACUACACCACCGUGUCCGACUACGCCGCCAAAGUCUUUGGCUUUCAGACGUUUGGCAAAGUCUACGGACUUAUCAUCUGCCUUGCAGGUCUUUUCAACUUCCUCCAGUCGCCCCUCGAUGCUAUAACCCAUGUUGUGUUCAACUUGAACCCAGUGCCUAUCAACCUGAUCUUGCUGAGUUUGGCUGUCAUUGUCGGUGGGGCUCUAGUCAUCUUCACUUCGAUCAAAGCUCGAACGUUGAAGAGAGCUCAGCUCGAGCACGAGGCCGAAGAAGCAACCGAGUCCCUGAUUCCAGAUGCAAAUGGAAAUGGCUACGGAGCGACAUCCUGAAACCGUCGCUCGCAGUAUCCUGGGCAUGGUUAUGUUGAGAUACAUCCGCGUUGCUGGCUGAUCUUCCUCAGCUCCCUGCGAUGGACUCAGCAUCAUGCAGACAACUCAUUUCCUUAUGAUCUACCUUGUACUCUUCCAAACGACCACUCCUGGACCUUAAUCCGAACAACGCCCCAGAUCGCUACAUUCAACUCUGCUUGACGCAGAGGCGAACUCUUUGCGGGGCACGAUACUAUUCUUACGUGGUCAGCAAAAUCAAUAUGUACACAUCGUAUCGCCGCCGUUCUGUCUCUGUCGUUGUCAACUCCGUCAUCAAAUACAUAUUCCAACCAAGACUCAACCCACCAAAACUGUAUAGAAUCCCACCCAAAAAUGGCAAUUUCGACUCUCGCAGAAUUUUAGCGAACGAGGCACGCGCAAGAGGCUUGAUUGAACCGAGCCAAGUCGAGAGAUCUGAUAUCAUACAUACUCAAGCAAGCUGCCAUUUACGUAUCCCAACCUGUGUCAGGUCAUGAUUACCAACGCGAACCAAAUUGUAUAGAGAAAAGGCGUGUGUGCAAAGCGGCAAAAUUGGAUUGGGCGGCGAGAGUCUCCUUUACAGAUUGGCAGAUGACGCGCUGCCUUUGAGUGAACGGCAGCAUGACUGGCGAAAUAGGUUGACCUGUGUGUAUGUCUCGCGCCGAGUAAAUAGUUAUAGAUACCAUAGGAUUUCCAACCACCUGCUAGUACAAAUU